GUAUGUACGAAAGAACCGUAGUAAAGAGGCUAAUGGUAAGGACCAGUGGAUCUCCGCUAUCAGAUCCUGAUCUGGAUGCACAUUUUGGGAAGGACUUUUCUUUCGUGUCUGUAGUUGCCACGUACAACAACUGUUAUUCUCCAGUUUAACAACUUAAAAUUGUACUUUACGGUGUUUUAUCGCCGUUUGAACUCCUAAGAGCUCUUCUGGAACAUCUCUUGGAUAUUGUCUCUAUGGGAUGAAUUAAGGUGAUCGCUGUCCUGAAGCUGUUUACGGAUGGAUUCCGAUCGGAGUUCAGAUGAAGAGGGGAAUCCCCCUCCUGCGAAGGGUUCUUCCCGACCCCAGCCGGCCGGAAUUGACAUGAAUGCGUAUUAUGCUGCUUAUCAGCAGCAGAUGCGCCAACAGCAGCAACGCAGCAGUCGUAGCAGUGCCAGCGCCAGUGCGACGUCAUCUGAUUAUUACGCUGGAGCCUCUGCGGACGGUUCGGGUUUGUUUGGGAGCGCGGGGCCAGGAGUGGCUGGCAGUCGCCAAGCAGAACUCGCUGGGCGAAAUCAACGCAGCCGGGCGGGAGACCAAGCCGACGACGACGAGGAUGAUGAUGGCGGCUACAAUCUGUCCGCUCGUGCCAACAGCAUGAACCUGCAUCCGUACCGAUCGCAGGACACUGAUUCGCCGAGUGCAUCGGCCGCUGUCACGGACGACGGUGAGGAAGAAGAAGAACCGGAACCUGCCGCUGCUCACCGGCCAGAAAAAGAACGCACCCAAGAAGAAGAGCAGUAA